AUGCCACACCAUAAGGGAUACAGAGCUAAGACCAGAGAUCUGUUUUCAAAGCCAUUCAGAAGACACGGUCCAGUUCCUCUUUCUCGCACUAUGGUAGCCUUCCAAAGGGGCGACUAUGUCGAUAUCAAAGUUGAUGGCUCAGUCCACAAAGGAAUGCCAUACAAGUUUUACCAUGGAAAAACAGGGAAAGUCUUCAAUGUUAGUGUUCAUGGGAUUGGCGUGAUUGUCAAUAAACAAGUAAGAAAUAGAAUUAUCAAGAAAAGAAUCAACGUAAGGCCUGAACAUUUGACUAAAAGCAGAUGCAGGGAGGAAUUUUUAGCAAGAGUCAUUGAUAAUGAAAAGGCUAGAAACGAAGGAAGGACAAGCGAGCUUAAAAGAGAAGCCGCUGCACCUAGUGAGGGACAUUUCGUGGUAACCAAAGGGACAGAAGUUAUUGAUCAGCAUCCUCCGGUCUAUAAGUUUAUUAUCUAA